UUCAAUCAGCCGGAGACAGUUUUUUUGAAACGCUCUGCCCCGUUUUCCGGCGGGAAAGCCAUCGUUUUACGCCUACAUCUCCCGUUUUGCGGCAUCGCAAUACCGGAGAUUCGAACUGGUUUGGGAAUGAAUCACAAGAACCUCUGUGGUUUGCUUUUUUGGUUUUUUCCCAUUGAUGGCGAAUUGAUAACCUCUGAAGAGGCAUUUUCUUCUGUCUAGUGUUCGGACACGAGGUCAGAGAGAAAAAAGCCGAAUUUUGCAGGUGGAAAGGAAGCAUAAGGAGCUUUCACGGCGGAUUAGGGUUUCUGUAUGGCAGAUUAGGGAUUCAGAGCAGCCAGGGCUGCUGGGUGUCUGGAAUUAAUUAGAUUUAGUCCUUCAGUGGAAGGACUUCUUUAGGGUUUAAUGCCCCCUUCAAAGCCCUAUGAAAGCUUGCUCGUACUCAUCUAUUUUUGCACAGAAAUAACCAAGAGCUCUGCAUAUUUUAUUAGAUACAGAGGAGGUGACUCAUAGACUCCUUUAUAACUGGAGUGAUCCUUUAAUGGCGUAUUGUAAUCCUCAAAACUAACGCUGUGCAAUUCAAGCCUCUUUUCGCUUUUGGAAAACAACGAUUUAUUUACUAUAAACGGCGUGAACUUCAUUGUUACUGUCUCUUCUCCUGCUCAUCUUUCUCUCUCUAUGGGGAGCGAGAAGGACCUCUGGUUUUUCCGGUGCAAAUCCGGUGUUUAUCCAGUGGAAAAUUGCCGCGAGCUAUGGUGGAAAGGGUUCAAAAGAACGGUCGGUUUUGUCCUCCUCAUUUCCUUCUGUUCUGUAUUUUACCUCGCCUUUUUCAAUCAAUCCUGCCUCAAAAACCCUUCUCAAUGUUCUCCUCGUCUCCUACCCUCCUAUAUUGGCCGGAAAACUAUCAUACUCAACUUUUCUGGGGAGCUCUCCAGCCACAACUCCGGUGCCCCAAACCCUAGCCCAAGCCCUUACCCUGAUCCCCCUGUUCCCUACCCUAACCCUAACCCUAACCCUGAUCCCCCUGUUCUCUCUCCAGGUAUUGUUACAGAGAAAAACAUAAAGACUAAUUUUUCUCAUCUCCUCUUUGGUAUUGGAGGUUCUGCAAAGACAUGGCAGAAGAGGCAAGGAUACACAGAACUUUGGUGGGAACCCGGAAAAACCAGAGGCUUUGUAUGGCUCGACGAAAAACCAGAGGAAAAUGAAAUCUGGCCGAAAACUUUGCCGAAAUUCAAAAUUUCCGGUGAUACAUCAAAGUUCCCGUACACAAACGCAUGGGGUUCGAGAUCGGCCAUUAGAAUAGCACGAAUAGUUUUAGAGAGCUUCGCUCUGGGGCUCGAUGGAAUUAGGUGGUUUGUUAUGGGCGACGACGACACCGUCUUUUUCACUGAGAAUUUGGCGGAGGUUUUGGGGAAAUAUAAUCACGAGGAGAUGUAUUAUAUUGGGGGGAAUUCAGAGAGUGUGGAGCAGGAUAUCAUACACUCGUACGGUAUGGCGUUCGGCGGGGGUGGAUUCGCGAUUAGUUACCCUUUGGCAGCUGCUUUAGUCACCAUACUGGACCGGUGUAUCGAGAGAUACAACUUCUUCUAUGGCAGCGAUGAGAGGAUUAGGGCCUGCAUGAGCGAGAUGGGGGUGCCGCUUACUCGCGAGCCUGGUUUCCACCAGGUGGAUAUUCGUGGUGAGCCCUACGGUCUUCUCGCUGCUCACCCAGUCGCACCACUUGUCUCAUUACACCACCUCGACUAUGUAAGCUCCAUAUUCCCUGGUCAAACCCAACUAGCCUCUCUUCAGACCCUAAUCCAAGCCUCUAAAACCGACCCAGGUCGAAUCCUUCAACAAACCUUAUGCUAUGAACCUGAACUCAAAUGGUCAGUCUCAGUCUCUUGGGGCUAUACUGUUCAAAUUUACCCAUCUAUUGUCUUACCCAAUAUUCUUGAGAAACCUUUCCAAACUUUUAAGACGUGGAGAACUUAUCAAAGUGAGCCUUUUACCUUUAACACUAGGCCUAUAGAUGCUGACCCUUGCAAUAAGCCAGCGGUUUUCUUCUUGAAAGAGGUGGGGAGAAAUGGGUCGAGGAGGCUCUCAACGACCUAUAAGAGAUACUCGUCGGAUCCUUCAAAGAUUUGUAAAGAGAGUGGGUACCCUUCAUUUGAGCUUCAAAUGGUCAGGGUUUCCUCGGAGAAGAUGGAGCCAGGGGAUUGGCAGAAGGCAGCAAGAAGACAGUGCUGCGAUGUCGUGGUCUCGAAAGAUCAACGCAGCACGGACAUCAGGAUCAGGAAAUGCAGCUUACUGGAAAGCAUAUACCCCUUUUGAUUUUUUGUAAAUAACCCUUCAUUGAAUUUAUUUAAUACAUAUUUCAUGUUAGUUUUAGACUGUACAGUCCUCAGCAGCCUAUACUCGUUUCCUUCACCCUGUCAGUGAUGAUUGUGCUCUUGAUCACAUGAUACUAAAUGCCAAAUUGUCUUAUUGGCUUUUUAGCACUUCAGUUCAAAAUUUGAUACUUGGAUGGCCCAUUUCA